AGAAGAUAAGAAUCGUAGCUUAUGUAUCGCAGGUGUCUCUAGUCGAGCAGAAUAUUACGUCGUGAGAACACGCUUCUGUAAAAUUUCUUCUGGAAAAAUUAUUAUCCUUUGUGAAAAUCAUCGAUAUAUCAGCAGUCCGAGGGAAUCCACUUUGCGAAGAAAACGCACGAAUUACGACAAGAUGAAUCUUUCCAAGUUUUCGAGGCAAAAGAACAUCGGUGAAAGAACAUUUUCAAGAACAUGGUUCUAUCGAUCUAUCGUUGACCGGCCACCUAAUUCGGCCGUAUUAGAUCGGACAACUAUCUGGCAAGAAACAAGAAGAAAAGGGACGUACUUACAUUCUUUGUGGCUGGCAACAAUGGGAAACAAGCCGAGCUACUUCCUUCCUGGUCUUAUCGGGUUCUUUGCCCGUUCAAAACAGACGUCCGACCUACGGAAUCACUAUUUUUUCACAAUUUUGACGAGGGUCGAAGGAUUGAUCGAUCUCGACCUGAAACUGGUUCACUACGGCCGAAAUUAUUCUCCGGAUUGCCGAUCAUUGUUCGCUCGUCGUUAUUCCCUUGGCGCUAUGAACGCGUCGAUUAUGAUAAAAUAUUGCCGGAAGGAUUAAUUAUCACGCAUGUUCGACAAAAUUUCCACAAUUUGUCGUCGCGAAACGAGCAUAUACUCGACUUCCAUUUAAAACUUUGGAAAGAAAUUCAAGAUGUUGUCAAGCGCCAAAUAAAUAUAUAUAUGUUAAUCAAGUGUUAAAAUUAUCGAUUUGUGAUCAAUCAGAUAAUUAUCGUACGAUUAACCAAGCACCGAGAAGACGCUGCAAUUAUCGACUUGUUCUACUUAAAGAUGCUUUAAUCAAGUUUAUAAUCAGAUUUUUGAUCACAAAUUACUUCGAAACCAAACGCAUUCGUAUCACUUGUAUAUAGGAAUGUAAUAAUAAAUUAUAAAAGAAUUUAGAAAUUUAAGAAAUUGUCAAGUGCCAAAUAAAUAUACAUAUAUUAAUCAAAUAUUAAAAUUACGAUUAAGACGCUGGAAUUACCGACUUGUUCUACUUGAAGAUGCUUUAAUCAAGUUUAUAAUCCAUAGAUUUUUGAUCACAAAUUACUUCGAAACCAAACGCAUUCGUAUCACUUGUAUAUAGGAAUGUAAUAAUAAAUUAUAAAAGAAUUUAGAAAUUUAAGAAAUUGUCAAGUGCCAAAUAAAUAUACAUAUAUUAAUCAAAUAUUAAAAUUACGAUUAAGACGCUGGAAUUACCGACUUGUUCUACUUGAAGAUGCUUUAAUCAAGUUUAUAAUCCAUAGAUUUUUGAUCAGAAAUUACUUCGAAACCGAACGCAUUCGUAUCACUCGAAUGUAAUAAUAAAUUAUAAAAGAAUUUAGAAAUUUAAGAAGUUGUCAAGUGCCAAAUAAAUAUACAUAUAUUAAUCAAGUAUUAAAAUUACGAUUAAGACGCUGGAAUUACCGACUUGUUCUACUUGAAGAUGCUUUAAUCAAGUUUAUAAUCCACAGAUUUUUGAUCACAAAUUACUUCAAAACUCAACAAUUCACGUAUUCGUAUCAGGAAUGUAAUAACAAAUUUGAGCAAAAGAAUUUUAAUUAAACAAAAGAAUAAGAAUAAAGAUGAUCGGGGCCUAUUUCAACACCGUCGUUUCUCACGUUAUCAGCAACGAAACGAAGCGGGAAAUUGAAAAUCGGACAAGCGGUUAUCCUUCCCUUCCCAAUAACCGGAAGAACCACAGCUUGCUCGUUCGACAAGGAUCAUCCGAACUUAGUUUUAGAAAGAGAGGAUCCUCCGGCGAAGCGGCAAAUUGUCGACGAGGAGAAACGAGCCAUAAGAAAGUUUCGUCGUCGUAGAUAAUGCGGCCGUUCGAACGACUGGUUCGAUUCGAUCUUCGAACCAGUUUCUCAGCUCGUCAAAACUCGACGAGCGUUGUACACGAUUAUCGAGAGAAUUAUCGACAUAGAGAGAGAAAUACAUUCUUAAAAUGGACGAAUUAUAAUUUUCUUCGAACUUUCAGGUACAUAUAUACGUUCCUUAUCGAGGAUAUUAUUUUCCUAUCUCUGGUGAAAAACAAGCUAAUCGCGAAAAAAGUUUUCGUGGAUGGAAAAAGCCUUUCCAGAUACCUUCGGAUGCCGAAGUUCGGGCAAAGAUGAUUCGAAGAAUGUUGGAAGCGACGACGUCGUUCAAGCGGUUGUUGGGGAAUUGAUAAGCCCAGCUUCUUCUUCCUCGCGCAGGCAACCGGCUUUUCAAGUCUCGUUUCUCUUUUUUUUUUUAUUUCCAGUACCAUAUACUCGUGGAGACGUUAUACGGAGUUGUAAUAUCGAAAGCGAGUCUCUUUGGAAUCUCUUAAUCAAGAGUUUCGAAAUAUGAAAGAAAGUAUAGAAGGAUAUCCUUUUUAAAAAAUUUGAGACGAAGGAGCAUUGGAUCUAAAAAUCUAAUUUUAACUCCCUUGCUCUUUCUAUUUUUUUAUUUCCAUUCAAUCGGCUUCUCAAUAAUUCAACGACAAACAACUGAAACAUGAUGAUACGAUAAUAAAAAGUGUAAAGAUACGAGGAUUUAAUUUGGAGAGAGUUUGGAGAGCUCUCCUUCCUUCGAAACGAAUAGUUAUUCUCGAACGAAUCGAUGUAACAUUUGGAGAAAAAAGAAACGAGAUCUCCAAUUUUCAUGCAAGCAAUCGCGCGAAGGAGUUCGCAACAAAUUGGACAAUCGUUGUUUCCUUCCUUCGACCCAAAAAGCGUGGCAUUCAUCUUUAUACUUCUCCUCGACCACCUCUCCUCAAUCUUUUUCGCGUUUUUCUACAAUUCCUCCCUUCCCUUCCCUUCCAUCCUUUUUACCACACGUCUCCUCCUUUUUCACCUCUCUCGGCUAGUUUCUUUGAAAUUUCCCUCUGGUUUACAGCAACCCUUCCUCCACUUUUUUCCUCUCCGCUCGCGGUAUAUCUCGUUAUUUUUUCCUGUUUUUCUCCUUCUCUUUUUUCCGUCUGCGACGACCCUUCCUUUUUAUUUUUUUUUCCUUCUGAUUUUCCUCCGCAGAGGACUUUGUUUUCGCCCUCCCUCCCUCCCUCUUCAUUUCUGGCCCGUUACGGGGCUAAUCCGCGAUUUCGACGCGGAAACGUGGAAAUCGAGCAUCGAAACGAACCGAUUGAGGAGGGCCACUGUGUGCGGUGGAAUCGGUGUGUGUGUGUGUAACACGAAUGAAAUAAAAUAGAAGCAAAAAAAAAAAAAAUAGAAAAAUUGAAAAAAAACGAGGGACGGCGAACCGGAUUGCAAAGGUAAAUUGAAUUGAAUCGAUUAAUAUGGUCGAUGAAUGCACCGUGUUCUCUUCCGAUCUUUCAUUCCGUUAAAGCGAACCGGGGAUUCAUCUUGAAAAUUGUAUGCGCUUUGAAAAACCAGGGUAAGACUUAUUUUUGUUUGAAAAACAACUUGUUCCGUCCAAUUGAAUAUAGACGAUUAUUUCAGGUUAAUGUUGAUAAUUAAAGGGUUUUUUCUCGUUUUGUGAAUGCUAAUGUUUUAUCAAUUUUUGGAAAUUUAAUUCGUAUAAAUUUAUUCUCACGAUUC